AUGGGGAUUACUGAUUUACUUUGUCGAGCUUUGCAGCAAAAAUCUCUUGAUAUCUUAAAUGCAAUGGAUCUUGUAUCAACUACUAAAGCAUUACUUCAAACUUUGAGAGAUGCUGGAUUUGAUCUUCUCCUUGCAAAUGUGCAAUCUGUUUGCACAAAAUAUGAGAUUGACAUACCACAUAUGAAUGCUUCACAUAAAAAAGCUACAGGUCGUUCAUGUCAACAACAAGGUUCAGUGACAGUUUACCAGCAUUAUCAUUAUGAUAUAUUUAACUUAACAAUAGAUUUCCAGGUGGAAGAAUUAAAUUCGAGAUUCAAUGAUGGGAUAAUGGAACUCCUUAUACUUAGCUCUGCUUUAGAACCCAAGGACAACUUUAAAUCAUUUAAAGCUGAUGCUAUUUACAAGCUUGCUGAGAAAUUUUAUCCUGAAGAUUUCAAUGAACUCAGCUAG